GACUAUUGUUUCUUGCGCAUGGUUGGUCGAAGAUUAUGGCGGUGCUCCUGGAUGGAACUGUGAAAACGGGAGUUUUUAAGAAUGUACUACUUGGACAGACGUCACCAUAACAAGACAACGUUUUUUCACGCUGAAAUAGACACAGUAGGAGCUACCAGAACUGCACAAAGCGGAAUUUUUAUUACUAAUCCCGCUUUUGCUACUUUCAGACCCACAUUCAGCGACACAGCGCAACACCGGCAACGUACACCGCAAGGCCGCUCCGACACACCCGGCAUGCACGACGCUGAAUGACUGCAUGCACGCAUGCCACGGCCACGAGCUGCUGCUUUACAACUCACAAUCGAAUCUCAGACAGAAGCAAGCAACGAGCCUGUCUUCUAUCAUGUGGAAUGAUGCUGCACUCGUGAAUGGAAGCUAAGUUUACAACAUUAAUAAUCCAGAAUAAAUGAUGUUGCUUAUUCUACCUGUCAUAAUCAUAUCUCAAUAAACAGAAAGAAACUUUCCAAUUCCAUUUUGACCUCAAAAUUUAGCUUUCAUUUAAAAUUCAGCUGUUAAAAUAACGUACAUGUAGGCCUAGUCUUUGAAUUUGAAAUUGGAUGGAAAAUUAAAGAUUAUAAUCUAGUCAAGAUGAGCAACCAGAGGCAGAGAGGAACACAGUUGUUGAAUGUUGGUGAUAGGAGGGAGGUAUUUGUUACUGCAUUCGAAGUUGAUAAGCAGGAGAAUGCAUUCAGAUUUUGGGGACAGUUUGACAAUGAAUCUGUGGAGAGGCUUGAGACUUUGAUGCAAGAAGCACAGGUUCAUGCAGAGCAAGAAAUGUUCCCACCUCCGGGCGCACUUUUGGCAGGUGAUGUGUGCUUGGCAAAAUUCAUGGAAGACGGUCAGUGGUAUCGUGCAAGAAUUGAGAGCGUCACGGGCAAUGAUGUCAUUGCAUACUUCAUUGAUUUUGGAAACACGGAGAUCAUUCCAAGGGUUCGCGUUAGGACUGUUCAAAGGGUGAAGAGUAUUCUUGAUCUACCUCCACAGGCUACCAAUUGCAAGCUUGCCAAUGUGGAACCCAUGCUGGAACAUUCAUCAUUGAAGGCAGGCACGCAUGAUUACCUCCGCAAGCAGCUGGAAUACCAAACGUUUGCAGCUGAAGUUAUUGCAAGAAUAGGAGGGAACCUGGAGGUGAAGUUGUGUGAAGUCGGCAGUGGGAAAGAUAUUGCAAAAAACAUAAUCCGUGAUGGAUUUGGCCAAGCUGCUACCGGUGAAGCGAGCCCGUCAAAGAAUAAGGGAUUCAAGACGAUGGGACUGGAUGUUGGCAAUAGAGAUCGGGUUUUCGUCAGCAAUGUGAAUACUCCAAAUCAGUUCUGGAUUCAGCAAGAAAUGAUGAUAAAGGACUUAGAUGAACUCAUGAAUGACAUGCUGACGCACUAUUCACAGGCCCCAAACAGCACUCCGAUGAGGAGGCGCUUUUCUAAAGGAGACCCUUGUGUGACUACCUUUUCUGAUGAUGGCAGUUAUUACAGAGCAGUGAUCUCCAAUACCAUGGGGGCAGAUAAUUAUGAAGUGUUUUUUGUUGAUUAUGGCAACUCGGACAUCAAGACUGGAGAAGAUUUGUUGGAAAUCCACCCCAAGUUCCUGCUUCUUCCCGCACUUGCUAUUGAGUCUUGCUUGAGUGAUGUAGACCCAGACUCCUGCAACUCUGAUGCAGCUGCUGCCAGAUUUGAAGAGCUAGUUAUAGAGAAGACUGUUUGCUGCAAAGUGACCAAAAGGAUCGGAGACAAAUGUUCCUUGCUCAUGGUGGAUCCUACAGGAGGAGAGAAUGCAGAUAUUGCAAGUGCGUUAGUUAAAGAAGGGCUUGCAGGACGACAGGGUAGCAGCUUUAGUAGCAGCCCACCAAAACAAAGCCCUCCACAAGGAUACAGUGCCCGGAGUCUCCAAACUAGGGGUGCUGAUUCAAGAGUGCCAUCAGCUAGGGAGUUAGAUUACAAUCUCCCUAAAUUCAAGAAACCGCAGAUUAAUAUUGGUGAUCAGCUUGAUGUGCAAAUAACCUCUGUUAAAUGUGGUGCUGAAUUUUCUUGCCACCUUAUGAAAGAUGCAAAUCAGUUUGAUCCAAUGAUGGAAAAUCUAGAUCAAACCUAUUCAAAUAUCUCUCCAGGGGAUCAAGGAAUCAAGCAAGUGGCCGGAGGUGUGCCAUGUUGUGUGCAGUUCUCUGAAGACAAUGCGUGGUAUCGCGCUGAGGUGACAUAUGUCCGGGGACAAGAUGUAGAAGUGCGCUAUGUAGAUUAUGGAAAUAGUGAGACUGUAACUCCAGCGCAGUUGAAAAACUUGAAGCAACAAUUCUUCAGUCUACCUAUCCAGUCUAUUGUUUGUACUUUGGAUGGCAUCCCUCAGGCCAAGGCAUCAAAGUCUUCAGAAGUAAAGGAUUUCAUGGAUUCCACGGUAGCUGAACUUGACUUGGUAGCUACCAUUGUAAGUGAGCAGAGAGGUGUGUAUAGUAUUAAACUGACAGAUCGUUCCAGUGGGGACAGUAUCAAUAGUAUGGUUGCUAAUAUGCUAGAGGAUAGUAGUCCAAGAGGAUCACCACGAGCAGAAAUGUUAAAGGAAUACAACAAGCAAAUAUUGAGAGAAGGAGAGAAACUCCAGGCUUUCAUUUGCCAUGUAGAUGACCAAGGCAAGUGCUACAUCCAGAAGUCUUCAACAGUUGGAAAGCUAGAAGCUCUUAUGGAGCACAUGAGUCAGCAGUUUGCAAAUGUUGGAUCAAGAAUACCAAAAUUGACAAUUGGGAUGUCAUGUGGAGCCCAGUAUUCAGAAGAUCAGGCAUGGUAUAGAGCCAAAAUCACUGGCAUUCGUAAGAAUGGGGAUGUAGAGGUAACCUUUGUGGACUAUGGUAAUUCUGAGAUGGUUAAUCAAGAUCAGAUAAAAAUGUUGUCUCCAGACAUGCUUGAGUUACCAGCACAGGCAAUUGCUUGUAUCUUGGAUGGCCUUGCUGCUGGUCAACAAACAAGUGAAGAAGUUGCCAAACUUCAGGAAUACAUAGAGAGUGAAUGCAGUCUUGAGGUGAAAGGCAAAGAUCACAUCAGUGGUGUUUACAGUGUCCGUCUUGUGGUAGAUGGGAAGUCCAUCAAUGAUCAGUUCAAGCAACCAAUUCAUCAGAGAAGGCAGGCACAGAAUGAACGUAGUGUGAAAUCACCCCCUCGCAGUUCUGGAACUUUCGGGUCACAUGCAAAGUCUCCACCACAGAGUGGGGGAUUUGGUCAGAGUGAUAAGAGGCAGAGAGGCAAAGAUAGCCGUUUUAACAGCGGUGGCAGUGGUGACGCCCCUGAUAACACAAGAUACUCAAAACCACGGGGAGAUAGAGCAUCGGUGUCUUCUAAUGUGUCAGACAGGUCAAACAGAUCUGGCAGUCGUAGCAAUCGUUCAGAUGACUCGAGAGGUAUGGGAUCUGGUAGGAGGUCAGAUUCUGGUUCAUCUCGAGUAAACAAAGAGCCAUCUGUUCCACUUCAAUUUAAGGAAGUCUCAUUUCCAUCUGUGGGAGCUGUCGAUGUGUUUAUUUCGCACAUUAAUAAUCCAAGUGAGUUUUGGUGCCAAACGGCUGAAUCGACCCCACAGCUUCAUAGAGUGAUGUCGGAACUUCAUGCCAGGUACAGUAGCCUUCGCCCUACUGACAAAAGACUUACUAAUACAACAGUCGGUACACCAUGUGUUGCCAAGUUUUCAGAUGAUCAGUGCUGGUAUCGAGCUGUUGUUGUGAACAAGUUUGUCAGGAAGAUAGAGGUGAUGUUCGUGGACUAUGGAAAUUCUGAGAAAGUAGUGAUUGGCAACUUGAAGGAAAUUGUUCCUGACCUAGUAAGGCUGCCAGUGCUUGCUGUCAAGUGCAGUUUGCCAGGUGAUCGAGACUGGCAUGAUGGACAAAUCGAUGCAAUGAAAGAAGUGGCAAAUCAGGUUGGACCAUUCAAAUGUGAGGUCAAGUCUGCAGACUGUGGAGUGUAUGAGGUGGAGCUAGCAUGGGCGGGGAAAAGAAUGACACAAGAAUUGAGCAGGAUCAAGCCACCCGCUCCACCAGUGUCAUCUCCUAAACAAGCAGUGGCACGUGUUAAAGAUCGAGUUCCACCAAUACCAGAGGUUAAAGCCGCUACACAAUCUACACCAGUUUCAAGUGUCAAGAUUUCAUCAGAGCAGGAGGGAAUGGUAGUUGACCAGGUUGAGGAUGUUGUUAUCUCUUAUUGGGAAGGUCCUUUUAAGUUCUGGUGUCAGUUGGCAAAGAAGAGUCCGGAGCUAGAUGCGGUGAUGGAUGGCCUUGUCAAUGCAGAAUCACAAAGAAAAAUAGAUCCAUCUGCUGUGAAAGAGGGGCUAGUAUGCUGCGCAAAGUAUGCUGAAGAUGGUGCCUGGUAUCGGGCAAAAAUCAUCAAGGCUGUGCCCACCAGUUCUUCACAGGUACUCUUCAUUGAUUAUGGAAACCAAAGUCCAGUAGAAGUAGGUGAUUUGAGGGUCCUACCUAGUAAUCUGACUUCACUUCCUGCCCAGGCUAUUCAGUGCAAGCUACAUGGCCUAUCUGCAGCACAGGCCCUGUCAACUCAAGCUGGAGAGAAGUUCACCGAGCUGAUAUCAGAGAAACAGCUGGUAGCAAAGGUUGUAAAAAAAGAAGUAUCCACACUAACACUCACUUUGCAUGACACAAAUACAGAGGAUGAUAUUGACAUCACAAAUGAAAUCAAGAAGGUUGUCACUGAUGUAAAGGAACCAAGUUCAUACCCCUAUCCUGAAGUCGGCACAUCAACAGAGAAUGUAUAUGUUACCAAUGUUGAUGCUAACUCAGGAAAAGUUUUCCUUCAACUUGCAUCCUCAACUGAGCAACUUGACACUGUGACCUCGACCCUUCAAUCUGUGUAUGAGUCUAGUGGUCCCAUGGAACAUAAACUUGUCCAACCUAUUCCAUCUCAAGCAUGCUGCACCAAGUUCUCUGAAGAUGAGCAGUGGUAUAGAGGUGUCAUCACAACUUGUGACUCUUCCACAGCUUCAGUCCUUUUCAUCGACUAUGGAAACAGUGAAGAAAAGCCCAUAAGUGAGUUGAAGCAGCCAACUGAUGACCUCCUUCAAGUGCCACACCUUGCUCUUGAAUGUUAUCUAGAAGGAAUGCCAUCGUUACAUUGGACACAGGACACUGCUGAUCAUUUCCUGAAUAUUACUGCAGAGAAAGAGCUAACCUGCUGCUUUUCAAGCACCACUCAUCCAUUCCGUAUUUCGCUCAAAGAUGGGGAGACAGAUUUGAAUGCAGAGAUGAUGAAGUUUGCAGGUUGUGGAACAUCGGCACAAAAGACAGAGUACUCUCUUCCACCUGUCACUGUUGGAGAUCAUAUAGGGUACGUUGUCAAUGUUGAUGCUGAUAGAGGUAAAGUCUACAUCCAACUAGCAUCAGCAACAGAGAAUUUGGACUUGGUGACAGAUUUGCUGGAGUCAACCUAUGAAUCAUGUGACAGAUAUCUUACUGAGCCUGCAGUCAAACAGGCAUGCUGCACCAAGUUCUCAGAGGAUGGUCAGUGGUAUAGAGGCAGCAUAGCCUCAAUCUCUGGAAAUACUGCACAUGUCUUCUUUGUCGACUACGGCAACAGCGAAGACAAACCACUCGGUGAGUUGAAAACUGUGACACAAGAGCUCAUCAAGAUACCACAGAUUGCUUUGGAAUGUUCUUUGGAUGGAGUUCCCAAGUCGCCUUGGCCACAACAUGCUGCAGACUAUCUGAUCAAUGCAUCGGCAGAUAAGCAACUGACCUGUUCAUUUAGAUCAACCACCAGCCCCUUUGAGGUUCAUCUGAAAGUCGAUGAUGUUGACUUAAAUGCUGGUGUUGUCAAAUUGGUAAAGGAUGGAGAGGAAAAAGAUGCUGACCCAGUGACAUCGUACCCAAUUCCGCAACUAGCAUCUGGAGUACAAAUGGGCUAUGUUGUAAAUGUAGAUGCAUCAACAGGAAAUGUCUUCAUCCAGCAUGCCUCUUCAGCAGAACAGCUCGACUCUAUCACUGCACUUCUGGAAAGUACUUACAGCACCUGCAGUGAAAGUGAUCAUCAGCUCAAGCAAUUAUCAGUAGGCCAAGCAUGCUGUACAAAGUUCACUGAAGAUGAGCAAUGGUACCGAGGCAUCGUUACCGUGGUAACCUCAUCCACUUGCAAAGUGUUCUUCGUUGAUUAUGGGAACAGCGAAGAGAAGCAGUUAGCAGACGUAAAGGCUCCGACUGCAGAACUCUUGAAUCUACCACGAGUUGCUGUCGAAUGUCGUCUAAAAGGUUUGGCAGAAGCACCGUGGCAACAGGAUGCUGUCGACCAUUUCUUGGACAUCACAGCCGAUAAGGAACUUACCUGCACAUUCGAUGCAAUCAAGAAGCCUACCCAGGUUGAGUUAAAAGAUGGCGAAACAGACAUCAAUGCUGACAUGAUGACUCUUGUAGGUGAGAAGCCAAAGGGCAGUAAAGAAAUUACAAGAAAAUACAAGUCGCUUAGUUCCGGUCUCCAGGUGCAAAAGAGAGCCGAGAUCUACAUCACAGCAACCACCUCGCCAAGUGAAUUUUGGAUUCAGCCCCUUGCUGGAGAAGAAGCCCUUGCUAUUCUCAUGGAUGAACUAAAUACCUAUGCCGAGAAUCCCGACACCGCAGCACUUGCCAACCCUGCAGUGGGUGAUCCUUGCGUGGCCAAGUACUCCAGCGAUGAAGGGUGGUAUAGAGGAACCAUCACAUCCCAGGAUAAGGAGUCGGUGACUGUCCACUUUGUAGACUAUGGAAACUCUGAUUCCGUGGGCAUGAAAGACCUGAAGGUGAUCACUCCUGAGUUGAUGGUUUUGGAAGCCCAGGCAAUAUGUGGCCGUCUUGCUGGUGUUGGCCCGGUAGAUGGACUUCAGUGGAGUGGAUCUGCAGCUGAGUUCUUUGAGAAUGCUGUUGUUGACAAAUUGUUGCUGAUGGAAGUGGUUGCAGAAUCAAAUGAUACCUUAGAAGUGAAAUUGAUGGACAUGGGUAUGAAUAUUGCAGAGAAGAUGGUGGAGAAAGGGCAUGGCGUGGCCACUACUGAAAGGGUCAGGCAGUUCCCCUCGGUCACAUCUGUUGCCUCUUCAGCUAGCUCAUCAGGAGCCCUUGAGCAAGCUUCGGUUGACCUGGUAGAGAAGGUCUUAUCAGUGAGCCUUCAAGAGCUGGAACUAGAUGUCAGCGAAGAAGGGACGGAUCUUGCUGAAGCCGACAUGGAUGCUUGCUCACCGGUGGUCGAAGUUAAACAAGAGACUGAAGCCAUAGCCCACUUGGUGCUUGAUAAUCUCCUUGCAGAGAUCACAUGCAAUGCCUCGCCCAAUCUGCUUGCUCCACAAGUAGAACAGGAGGAAAUCAGCACUGACAAGGAGAAGACGGGAGAGACUGAAGGAGGAAUGGAAGAUGACGGAGUGGAGGAGGAUCAAGGGAUGGUGGAUGAAAGAGGAACAGGAGGAGGGGAGCUUUCAGAGAAAGUCAAACCUGAAGAUGAUGUCUUUGAUGAGAAGAAAGAACUGGAGGAGGAGAUACAAGAAGAGCAGAAAGCAGAGGAGGAUAUUGUGAUGGAGGAUAAUAGAGUGAACCAUGCUGCACCGGUUGAUGAACAGAAGGAUAGUGAAGAAGCACCAGAGGGUACUGAUGAACCUCAAGAGGUUGAAAGCAUGCAGCCAUCAGAGACUAACCUACAAGAAGAAGCUGUAGGAGGGGAAGAUGUCCAGGGAGAAGCUGGAGAAAUGCCCGAAGAUGAUGCCCCUAAAGUAGCUGCAGUCCAGGAAAAUGCAAAGGAAGUUGUCAAAGAAGAUGUUUUGGCAGAUGUCCAGUGUGAAGCUGGAGAAAUGCCUGAAGAGGAUGCCUCAGCAGAAGCAGUGGUCCAGGAAAACAUUGAGGAAGAUGCCCAGCAAGAAGCUGGAGAACUGCCCGAAGAUGAUGCCCCAGAGGAUGAGACGAAGGAGGAUUCUAUGCUAGAGGAUGUUGCCCAAGAAGGUGUGGUCUCGGAUACUGCGGCCCCUGAGGAUGAAACUGAAGAUGCCACAAAGCACCAGGCUGAGGACAAUGCUACGGAACUGACAGAAGGCACAGCUGUAGAUAAACCUGAGGCAGAUUCAGCUGUUCAAGAGGCUGAUACUGUCGAGUCAAAUAGGGACAUCAACUUGGAGGAGGCUGUCCAGUCAGAAGAGGCCGUCCAGUCGGAUGAUGACUGCUUCAAGGAUGCGGUCGCCACUGAAGCUGACCAGCACAAAGAGGUUGAAAAAGAUAAGGCUAAAACUGAACCUCAAGAAGAAGAGGAGGAGGAAGAUGAUGAUGAGACAGGAUUUAGUGAUGCGGUCCAAGAAAUGGAGGACAAUUCCGCAAAGACUCCAGAACAGAAUACUGAACCAGAAGCAGAUCAAUUAGAAACUGCAGUAGUGACCCCAGAUGAAGGGGACCAGUUGGUAGGUGAUGAAGAAAGGGGAAUGGAAGUUUCCACCCUUCCAGAGGAUGACGUUGCAAUUGCAACAGAAGCAGGAAAUGAACCCAUGAGUGUCGCUGCUGAUGAAUCGCAAGGGGAUUUGAGGGCUGAGUUUGCUUCCAUGAAGCUGGAUGACUCCAAAGACUAUACUGAAGCCGCAAGUACUUCACCAGCUGAAGGUGGUGUUGAUGGAGCUGUGACUACAGGUGACAGCAAAGAGACAGUAGAGGUUGUUUUCAAAGACCACGCCUUGAUGAUGGAUGGAAGCGGUGAUGCCCGUGUGGUCACCAAGGAUGCUGUAGCGGAGGGCAAUGCCCGGGUGAAGGAUGUAGAAGCUGAUGCCAAUGAGAGCUUUGAGACUGCCCGUGGAGACAUCUCGAACGCCACCAGUCCCGGAGGAGGCGACGCUUCCCUCUACGCCAGCCUCAGCACCAUCUCCGGCGGGAGUGGAGACCUGGACAGCACCCUUGAGUGUGACAAGACCUUGGACCUCAGCGAAUCAACAGAAUCAGGAACUGGGAGUGGUAAGGGAAUCGGUGAGAUGAAUGGCAUUCAGGGAGAUGAUGUGUCUCCUCCUCGAUGUGAUAGCGGAAUCAUGGACGAUCGGGAGAGGAGCAAGGAUGUAUUCGACAUCGGUAAAAAGGAGUCCUCCUUUUUGGAAGGUGCAGAGGUAGUCGAUGGAACGAUCAUUAAUGGAACUGAUUAAGAUUGAUAUCAUGUUUUCUUUCUCUUGUAUGUUUUCCUUCAAAUGCCAUGUCUUCCAGAUUCUAUUUAGGUUGAUCAUGAAUAAUGUUUUCUUGUAUUCUAUCAGAAAUCUUUUUACGGAUUUUGUUUGAUCUUGCAUGUUGCAAGACAAAGAUUGUUAUAGGCCAAGUCCACCCCAGAAAAUUGUUAAUUCGAAUCGAUAGAGCAAAAUCAAAUAAACAUAAUGCUGAAAAUUU